UUCAUGUAUUUGUUUUGCAAUGAUAGGUCUUACAAUUGACACAAAUGCUGGAUGAAAAAAAUACUUCAGACUUGCAGAAAGAUAAAGAGUUAAUCAAAAUGCAAGAAGAUUUCAAGCAACUUGAGCAAGACCAUGGAGCUGUGAUAUCACAGAUGAAUCAGCUACAAAUGGAAAGUGAAAAUUUUAAAAGCUCAACAGCAGAAAGAGAAGGGAUAGUUCAGAACCAGUUGAGUGACCUCAAGUUGCAGUUGAUCGAGAGACAAGAACUCCUGGCAGCCAGUGAGAGAAAGGUGAAUGAUCUAGAAGCAGAGGUGGCAGCUCUCAAUGGACAGUUACAUCCCCCAAAAAAUGAUGGAAAAGGACAAAAUGGAGAUGUGACAAUCUCGUAUACCUUACAGCUUCAACAAGACAACCAAGAUUUGGAACAGCAGUUAAUAGAGAAAAACAAGACUAUUAAACAACUGCUGCAGAGGCUAACAGAAUUGAAGAAGACACUACAGAAAGAAUUGAAAAUGAAACCAGAAUUGGAACCUGCUGAAGUCCGGGAGAAAUCUUUCUUUGAACCACCAACCAGCAUCAGUAAUUCCACCACAGUUGUAAACAAUUCAGAUCUUAAUGACUCCAGGGAGAUAAAUUUUGAAUAUCUGAAACAUGUUCUUCUCAAAUUUAUGUCUGUGCGAGAAUCUGAGGCUUAUCAACUGGUGAAAGCAGUAUCUAUGCUACUUAACUUUACACGUGAAGAAGAAAACUUGCUAAAGGAAUCCCUAGAAUAUAAGAUGUCUUGGUUUGGGUCAAAACCUACUCCUAAAGGUAUUAUACGUCCGUCAAUAACUGGUCGACCUCCCCCUCACUGGCAGUGAACCAAGUGCAAUGUCAAGAAUGUGCACAUUGAAGAAACUAUCAACAUAAUUCAUUUGAUGAACACUACAGUUAAUAAGAUAUCCUUAUUAGUGUUUUCAGUCACUGUUAUGACAGUGUUUUUAAUACAGGAUUAUAAGUUUUUCAGCUGUUUACAAGUAUUUAAUAACUGGUACUUUAUAUUAAUGCAGCUUUUAAAUGCAAAUGAAAAUGUUCUCCUAUGGGGAAUGAAAUUCAUUGUGAACAAAUAUAUUAUGGGUUUGAAAUUCUGCAGUUUCUAAACAUACACGAGGAACAAUUCUUUUUGGCUCUGUAGCAUUAUUACAGUCCUGAGCCGAUUUGAAUGAAACACUGUUUGAAGUGAUUGCUGUCAUAGUCUGCAUCUUUGUAAAUGUGCUCCUCCUUCAUUGAUAGAAAUUAGUGAAUGCUUAAAACAUCUUUUUAAAGCCUUUUUUUCCUUACUGUUAAAGUUAUGCUCCUUCCCAAACAUCCUAACAGUUACAACAGAGCAGGCAGCAGUGCUGUCCAUAACUGCUUUUGAACUCAGUAUCAUGGCCCAAAUAGAACGCUUUUUAAAAUCAUAUUUACAUUUUUAGUUUAAUCAUUUUGGUGUCAUUUGGAUUAAUAAAGCUGGAAACCUGCAAGAUAAAUCAUACCAAUAGGAGGUAACUGAAAACAAGAAACCAAAUUAAAUAUUGCAAUUAGUUGUCUGCUUAUUGGUCCAAAGUAUCACUGUAGUCCUUUUUCCACGUUUCUCUCAAAUAUUCUAAUAAUUGUUAAAUGAGCUGUUAUUGAUUCAUUACCUAGUUUAGAUCCCUUGCAUGUGUUCUUGCUGAUUAAUUGUUAUCAUGUGGUUUUAUUGCAGUUUAAGAAUGCAGUAGUGUUGUAUGAAAAUGAUGCUGGAACAACCAAAAACAAGGGAUUUGAUAUCUAUAUAAACAGUUGGGCAAGGAUAAUAUAUAGUUAGUUACCUGGGUUAAUGCAAAAGAGAAAAAAAAUUAAACAUUCCAAAGGAGCCUUUAUAAAGGGUACCUGUAUUGUGUAUAGAAAUUGAGGUUGUUACACACUGGAUGUAAAAAUAGAUGCAUAAAUUAUUUACAGCUUUUCAGAGGCAGAAAAAGUUGCUGUUGAAAUAAUUAUGAUCCAUCAGUAUUUUUUUCACCCUGCUGUUGUGAAACCAGGAGCAACAUUGUAUGUAAAUAUAUAUAUAUGUUACAUAUGAACUAAUGCACUUUUAUUUGUAUAAAAAAUGCUGUUACAUGUAAUCUUUGUACAUGCAUCGAUUGGCCUUAGCAACUAAUUUCUCUCCCUUGACAUUUUAAACCUGGUUUGGAUAAAGCAAGUGAUACCUCAUCUGACCUGUUUGCUUGGGAAUAAUUUGUAGGUGCAAUACUUUCCAAUUAAAAUUCCUUUAGACUUGCUGAAA